UUCCGAAUCAAUUGGACGUAAUGAAAGAUUCGAGGAAGGUGGUUCCUUCCUAGCUCAAACAGGAAGCUACUAAGCAAGUCAAAUGGUGGCAUUUCCCUCUUGGAACCAACGGCUUUUCGAACUGGUCGUUAGUUACAAUGAGCAUUUCUCGUGUAGCAGAGGAACAUUACAAGACAAACCGCGUGAGCAUUGUUCCCGCUAUAUUACAUCCCCUCCCAUUAGGAAUGGAAACGUUAUCUGCCACAGUCAUCUUUUCCUCUAGAGAAGUAACAAUUCAGCCAUGGCAGAUGCCAGCAAAGUCGUCUUCUCGGAGUUGGACAAUGCCAAGACCCAACUCUAUCAUUUUAAGGCGAUCGUCAUAGCAGGGAUGGGGUUCUUCACCGAUGCGUAUGACCUCUUCUGCAUUACUGCAGUCACCAAGCUGUUGGGUCGCUUAUACUACUACGACCCCAGCACCGGAGAACCGGGUGCUCUUCCGAAAAACGUCUCUAAUGCCAUCCAAGGAGUCGCUCUAUGUGGAACUUUAGCAGGCCAGCUCUUCUUCGGAUGGCUUGGGGACAAACUCGGCCGCAAGAAGGUCUAUGGGAUCACCUUAGUCACCAUGGUUGGAUGCGCCUUGGCCUCGGGCCUGUCCUUUGGGUCCACAGCACACAGCGUGAUCGGCAGCCUAUGCUUCUUCAGAUUCUGGCUUGGUUUCGGUAUCGGAGGAGAUUAUCCGCUCUCAGCUGUCAUCAUGUCCGAAUACGCCAAUCAGAAAACCCGAGGAGGGUUCAUCGCGGCUGUUUUCGCGAUGCAAGGUGUCGGGAUUCUAUUUGCUGGGGCUGUUGCGAUGCUGGUCUCAAAGAUAUUCCUGGCAGCAUUCCCAGCCGAUCCAUUUGAGGUGGAUCCUGUCUAUUCCACUCAGCCGCAGGGUGAGUUCGUUUGGCGGAUUGUCCUAAUGUUCGGGGCGGUCCCAGCCGCCUUGACCUACUAUUGGCGGAUGAAAAUGCCCGAGACCGCGAGGUACACUGCCUUGGUCCAGGGAGACCACAAGAAGGCUGCGUCUGACAUGGCCAAAGUCCUGGAGAAGGACUUAGGAAUCGAUGAAUCACGAUACAACGCCAAUACCAACGUUCCUGUCAACCCUCAGCCUUCGUACGGUCUAUUGUCGAACGAGUUCCUCCGAAGACAUGGGCUCCACCUACUCGGGACCAUGACCACCUGGUUCUUGCUGGACAUCGCCUUCUACAGCCUCCAGCUCGCGCAGAAGGACAUAUACUCUGUCAGCGGCAUCCUACACCGGCCAGGGACCAUGAACGCGAUCGAGGAGGUGUUCGAGUUAUCGAAAGCCAUGUUCAUUAUCGCCCUGGUGGCGACGGUCCCCGGGUACUGGUUCACGGUUUUCUUGAUCGACAAGAUCGGGCGGUUCCCCAUCCAGCUCAUCGGGUUCCUGGCGAUGUCGGUCUUCAUGGCAGUCCUAGGAAUCAGGUACAAGCACUUCAGGGGCGUCUACUGCCCCAAAGGCUCUCCCAAAGAGUACUGCGAGGGCCAUUCGAUGACCUUCAUCGCCUUCUACGGACUCACCCUCUUCUUCGCCAACUUUGGACCCAACUCCACAACCUUCAUAAUCCCAGCCGAGCUCUUCCCCGCAAGGUUCAGGUCAACCUGCCACGGAAUCUCGGCAGCGGCAGGCAAAGCCGGAGCCAUCAUCGGAGCAUUCUGGAUUCAGACGUACACACAGAGCGACUCCGGGACUAAGAAGGCGAUCAUUGCACUGUCUGUGGUCAACCUGCUGGGCUUCCUCUUCACUUUCCUGGUGCCGGAGACAAAGGGCAGGUCCCUGGAGGAGAUUUCUGGGGAGGAUCUUCAGUACCAGGACCAGAAUGGGAGUGACAGGACAAAAAGUGCUGGUGCUGAUGUGGUUCCUGAGACUCAGAUGGUUUAGGCCCUUGAGCUCCAUGUCAUUCUUGAUUGUCUCUGCUCUACUCCCUGAAGAUUUGUGGUAAUAAACUUGGUUCGAGGAUGAAUAAACAUGUAAUCUUUCAAUGUAAAGACUUAGCCGAGAGACAAG